AUGCUGGAGUGCUCGAGCGGAGAAGACGAUGAUGAUGAAGAGUUAGUUGGUGCGAAAAGAAAGAGUACGAAGCAAAUAUCUGAGAAGCCAGCAAAGGCCGGGAAGAAGAUGAAUCCCAGAAAAAUCUUGACGCAUCAACUGGUAGACUUAGCCCCUUACUGGGAUAACAAAAUGACAGCCUGCUUCGGUUACGUACCUUUGACAAUCUUCGUUCCGGCAUGGCUCCUAGCAGACAAAGCCCACAUGGCAAAUCGGAAGAAACAAACCAACUCGUGUUCAGACGUCUUACAAUACACCGGAUCGAGAAUCCCGAGCGAGUGGAGGCAGAGCUUCCUGGAAUGGUCGACCUCAUUAAACCUGUGCGUUAAGUAUUGGAGGUCAAAAUACAAUAGAGAAGACAUCGCCUUAAGCCUAGAAAAACAUUAUAAGAAUGUCCUAGAAAUGAAAGCCAAACAUCAUGAAGCCUGGGCACCUGCCUUAAGAUACAAUAUAACUCAUAGAACCAAUGUGUGGAGUCAUACCUUAGAAGAUGGAUCGCUGUCAGAUGUAGGAACGAUCAAUGAAGAGUUAAUGGAACAAGCAUGGUCGGAUUCUAAAGCAAACGGCGAUCAUCGAUACAUAGACAACCCCUACAUUAUAGGAGGAGCCCUAGAGAACAUGUGCCCAUGGACUGGGAAAUAUCAAGUUGGCUGGGAUGUAAUCGGUUCGAACGGAAUGGAGCAAGUCACUGCAGUAACAGGAGGAAGAAUGUUAUCGCACUUAGCACCAACAGGUCGAGGUCAUGUGAACGCAUCAUUCGCAAACACACAUCACGACACUGGAAGAAACAACUUACACCAGUACAACGAGAACCAGAGAUUUCACCACGAAAGCAACAGAUUUCAUGUGAACAAGCAACACGAAAGUGGAAGGAGUAGAGGAAGAAGAGGUCGAGGUGUGGGGAGAGGUCAAGGAAGUAGAGGAGGUGGCCCGAGCGGUAGAGGUGGCAUGGCUCCGAGUGCCACGGUAUUGGUGAAUGGCGUAGCAGUUCCUAAAUUUGGACCGGGAGCAUUUGAAGCUCUGAAGGCGGCACAAGCCAGUGGUAGCACCACCCAACAAAUUGUGAACAUACCUAUUGUGCCACAAUCCCCCCGUGAGAACUUGAGACCGUGA